AGCACACACAGCAAAAUGGGCGAACUGUGUCAACAACUGCAGAAUCUCUCAUUUAAUCUACCCUAUGCACAGGACACGGCUGAGGACUACGAUACAGACCUGGACCUAGAGGAGUCAGAGAAGAACAACCCAGAUGCCAGUUGGAGGGAUACUUACAUAGAGGCAUGCUGCAAACUGGGUGUGGUGCCCACUUCAUACUUUCUCCUCCAUAUGAACGAGCCCUACAUGGGCCUGAACCAUCAUGGACUGGGGCCCCGUGGAGCCCGCGCUGUGGCUAUAUCACUGUUGUCCAACACGACUAUCAAUCAUCUCAGCUUAGAGGAUAACUGGAUCCAAGCCCAGGGGCUCACUCACCUGGUGAAGAUGCUCAGAGAAAACCAUUACAUCCAGGAACUGAAUCUUUCUAACAACCAUCUGGGUGUAGAAGGAUCGGAAGUUUUUGCCAGAAUGUUAAUGGACAAUGUUUCCCUGCACCGCAUUAACCUGGCACACAAUCAUUUUACUGAUCAAUCUGCAAAGCACUUUGCUGAAGCUCUAACUACGAAUUUCCGGGUCAUGAAGCUGGAUCUCAGCCACAAUGAGUUCUCUGAAAAAGGAGGAGAAUAUAUAGGUCAGAUGUUGGCUGCCAAUGAAGGUCUGCAGGAACUGAAUGUGAGCUGGAAUCACAUCCGCAUAAAAGGAGCCAUCGCCCUGAGUGCCGGCCUGAGGGUGAACGGGAUGCUGAAGGUCCUGAACCUGUCGCACAAUGGUUUCGGUAAUGAGGGGGCACUGGCGCUGGGAGAAGCUCUAAGAGUUAAUAGUUCCCUUCUUCAUCUCGACAUUAGCUGCAACCGGAUCAGCAACGAAGGUGUUAGGCUUCUGUGCAAAGGCCUGGAGUAUAACGACAGCCUGCGCGUGUUAAAGCUGUCCCGGAACCCCCUGACAGUAGAGGGCGCUAUCACCCUAUUGAGCUCAGUAACCAAGCUGCAGGACAAUAAGGUUGAAGAACUGGACAUUUCUAAUGUUCUGGUCAACCCAAAAUUCCUUUCACUCUUGGAAGCAGCUUCUAAUUGCCGUCCUGCACUGCGUGUGUUGUAUGCGGGGAAACAAGGAUUUAUCACACAAAAGUCUGCAGCACGUCCAGAUCCAAUGAGGGUCAUUCAGGAUUUCCUGGAUGAACGGAAACUCCGGAUGCUGGAUUUCUUCAAGAACAUGGACAAAGACGGCACCAUGAGUGUCCCUGUCAGUGACUUUCUCAGAUACAUUACGAUGGCUGGUGUACCCCUUGAUGCUGUCCAAAUGGACUCCCUGAUAGAGAGACUGGACAGAGAUCAGACAGGAACUAUAGACUACAGGAACCUUAUUGACUCUCGCAAGAAGAUGGUGAAAGAUCUGCGCAAGCAGCAGCGUCGUCGAGAAAGAAGAGAGCGCCAAGAGAGGCAGCGCAGAGAGAGAGCUCUGAAAUCCUUUCACAAUGCAGUAAGGGCCCUGACUCCGCCCCCAGCAUCAAGAGGCGCCCCAUGGAGCAUCGUAAGCUCGGCCCAUUUCUCUGUUACCCCACUCAGCUCUUGGUACGAGGAAGGGGAGCUGAGAGACCAGGCCGGUUCUCCACAGAUCCAGAACGGAGAACCAGAAAACUUGGAGACCGAGCGCUAUUGCAGCUCACGGGGGAGUAUGGUUUCCCAGGGCUUCUCCGAGCCCUUCACCCCAAAGCGGACCCCCUCGCCACUGUCUGAGUGACCCAGGAAAUAAGGCAGCGGCCAAAACAGAUUGAAUAAAUGUCUUAACUCUUAAACUUAA